AUGCUGGACAAGGAGAAGACCCUGGAAAUUGAACUCAGGCAGCUGGCCCGAACUCGCAGAUCAGUUUUGACGGUGGACAAGUUCAAUCCAUUCACCCAACACCGUGUGCCGUGUGCCCGUCGAGAGUUCGGCGACGAAACACGCACUCCUCCCCCCAAUACGGACAAAAUGCAUGCCCUUGUUGGCUUCCAGGAGGCCCCAAAUGGGGCCACAUCAGAAUCGCCGUCUUCUGAAUUGCCCCUGUUCUCCAACCGGCGCCGCUCCGGGGUGAACCCAAACGCCAUGACAACAGCGGUGAACCCAGCCGACCGCUCCGGCUGA